CUAAGUCAACCGCAGCGAUAACACAGUUAAAUUCAAAGAGCUUUAGUCAGUAAGAUGUCUUCUAGAAGUCUAUUCAGAGGAGGAAGUUUUGCUGCUGAUAAACGGUCUUUGUUAAGGAGGGAAGGUGGAUCAAGAAACAUAAACGCAUCGGGUCAACACGACAAUACAUCCAGUAUUAUGGCAUUCCACCUCAGAUUUAAGAAUACUGAAUUCUAUGAUACCAAAGUCAUGUUUCAUCUAUACAUAUACCCUUUACUUGAAAUGAUUGCGAUUCCAACUAACAUUUUGUUUAUAGUAGUAUUCGUCAGGGGUAACUUUUGCUCACCAAGCCAUGUUGUUUUGAUAACUAUUGCAUUAGCAAAUAUCAUACAAAUGUUGUCAACAAUGGCACCCUCUAUCUAUUUUUACGGUCUUGGCUUUGCUGAUGAAUUUGUACCUUAUGCAUGGUGUGCAAUGCACAAUCUUCUUGAGAUACGUAUCCCCAAGAUUUGCACGACAUUGGCGCGACUUUUAACAGCGCUACUUGGAAUCCAGCGAUACUUCAUUAUAUCAUUUCCAAUCACUGCCAAGCUAAAACUCACAGUGAGAAUCACAUUAUUCAUUAUUAUUUCAAUGAUAUUUGUUUCAAUUUUAGCUGAUAUUAAUUUCAUGUUAAAUCUUCAAACGAUUGAAGAAGUAUACGUUAAUUCAUCAGUUAUUCCCGGUAAACUAGUCUCAGGUUGUGUUUGGAACGAGAGGCCACAGUUGGAAAACGCAAACAUCAUCGCGGAAAUUUCCACUGUGUUUGUUCCUCUAGCAUCGAUGAUUAUUUUUGAUGCAAUGAUAAUUUCGAUAUUGCUUAAAGGCAGAUAUCUGCAACAACAGACUAUGCUGAAUAGAAAUAUCCGCAAAAUGGUUUUAGUUACGUCAUAUAUUGUGACGUCAGUUAUCAUAAUCUCAGUACCAAACGUUACAAUCAAAUAUUUUUCUCAACGUGCGCUAUGUCAGUCUUGUACUGUAAACAAAGCACAGUACACUGCAUUUAUAAAAUCUGUAACAAUCUUGACAUAUGCAGCGAACUUUACAAUCUACUCUUUGCUGUGCAAGAAAUUUAGAACUGAAUUAAAAAAUUUCCUUUGUUGUAGAAAAGGUUCUCCAGUACCCCCGGUACAGUGUUUUACUUUGCAUCAAACCAACAUGUCAUUAAAAGACAGUAGCCCUUUUCACAAAAAAUCUUACGAUUGA